GGAAGUUAUGAGAUCCGACACUACGGACCAGCUAAGUGGGUCAGCACGUCGGUUGAAUCCAUGGACUGGGAUUCCGCCGUCCAGGCUGGCUUUACAAAACUCAACAGCUACAUUGAAGGCAAAAAUGAGAAAGAGAUGAAAAUACAGAUGACAGCCCCAGUGACAAGCUACGUGGAGCCAGGGUCUGGCCCUUUCAGUGGGUCUACCAUUACCAUUUCCCUGUAUAUCCCUGCUGAGCAGCAAGCCGAUCCGCCCAGGCCUUCGGAGUCAGAUGUCUUCAUUGAAGACAGAGCCGAAAUGACUGUGUUUGUACGGUCUUUCGAUGGAUUCUCCAGUGCCCAGAAGAACCAAGAGCAACUCUUGACGUUAGCGAGCACGCUGAGAGAAGAAGGAAAGGUGUUCGAUGAAAGGGUUUACUACACUGCGGGCUACACUAGCCCUGCUGAAUUGCUUAACAGAAAUAACGAAGUGUGGCUGAUUCAGAAAGGUGAACCCUCCAAAGCGAGCGAAGGAGAGAAGAAGGCUCCGUAGCCAGGGCGAGAACCCCCAUUUCCCAGCGCCAUCGACACCACCUACAAAUAAAGUGUCCGUCUCCUGCUA